UGGGGAUUGUGUUAAGCUAGCCCUCCGCCGAGCCCCCGGGUGCUACCCCCAAGACUAUGUACUGACCGAAUCCGAUUGAAGCAACCCGAGCAACGGCCGAUCUUGUCUUGUGCUCUUCGGGAUGAGUCGGUCAUCACGAUCGGCGGGUCGUCGGCCACACGGGCAAAAAGGACGUGCGGCGAAGAGCGCAAGGAUUGAUUGGACGAGUCCGAUGGCUGUACAACAAUGUGUCUCGAAGUUGGUAACCACCGGGGCUUGACACGGUUCCUAAAUUCGUCUGGUCUACGGACAAUCCAUCGACAGGGCUUACACAAAUGAUGCUUGAAAUGCUUAUAGAUGACCUUGCAGCGAUUAAAUCGUCCCUGAAAGUGCCACCGGGCGUCGAGUCAAGUCAACAAGAAGAAGCGUUCCUCUUUGUACGGUCAAUCGAGUUGCUCGUCUCUUGCAAUUAAUAUGACAACUAGGGGCGCAGAAACAGAUUCUCAAGAAGAAUCUCAGUCGCACUUCCUGAUAGUACAUGAGCCCGUCUGAGGGCGAACCCACCAUAUAAGCCACAACCCAAUGACCAGCUGCUCAAACGCUCAUCCCCUCAGCAUCUUGUCAGAUUCCUCUCUCAGCAUUCUUCCGGCUUCUUUUUUCAAACUACAGGGAAGGUUCUUGCACAUUUGUCAGAUCAACCGCCAAGCGCGCUUAUAAAUAGCUUGACAAGAUGAAAUCGUUCUUCAGAAUCGCGACGGCUCUAAUCUUUUUCCACUCCUACUCUUCCAUUAAUGCAACCCCAUCGGGAUCUCUCAAGCCGGCGGCAGUAGGAAAGACCGGCCCUUCGAAGAUCUUUCCAUUCAAGGAAUACAAGGAUUUCCAGAUAUCCGAUGGGAUAGCCGGAAAAUCCUUGGACAAAGCCCGCAAAAUAUUUGUCGAGCCAUUCCAGGGAGUCGACAUGAGCCAACUGACGCAGAACGACUUGAACAAUCUGAUCACGAUGGCCCGAGCGGCCACGGACAAUGAGAAGUUUUUCAACGAGGCCAUGGAAAAAGCUGGGGCGACUAAAAGACACCCGAAUGUCCCAUUGUCUGCGGGCAAGACGGCGAACAAAAUCCUCAAAUUAGUCGGCUCGAUGCAGGUUAUUGAGUUGCACAAACGCCUGAACCUCCACCCAGGGAACCCAGACGGCAGACUGAAGGAGUUGCAGACAAAGCUCACUAAUAACCUCAAGUUGGAUCAUCACUACGCCGGCAAAAAGAUGGUUUCGUAUCUCUCUGUUGGACAGAGUGGAGGAGCAAAACAAGCCAAGCCGAUCAAGGGCCAAGCCAGUCAGGGCGGAAAAUGAGCCCGGGUCCCAUGCAGCAAUUAGGCCGGAGACGUGUGGACAGCAUUCGCAAGCAGAUAUCCUCAUCAUCAACUCCUAUAUGGCCCACUUCCACCACUUUCAAUCCGAGCUCCGACGUUUCCACUCUUGAAAACCUAAACACAACUUUGGGUAGCCUCUGUUGUUCUGGCCAACAAACCACAUGAUCUAUGUAUUCUCUCAGUUUCGCAUUAAUGGUUCGAGCAGUCGACCCUUGACCACUCCAAGCACGUUGUAAAAAUCUAUCUCGUUCUGAGCAUCCCGUCUCCCUCCAGCCUAUCCUGAUCCCGGUCCUUUUCCCUCCACAACCCAGAUGUGUAUGAUGCUUCGUUCUCUGUGUGUGCAUUUGUAUCGCGCGUCUCAAACAACGUGACUUACCGCCCAGACACCCCAAAGACAUUGUGGGACAAAAACCCACCAAGGUGUAAUUAUAGUCCCAUUGGUAUAACUUGUAAAUAGAUUACUACAAGCCUGUCAGCCAUCACCAAGGUCCAAACAAUUUGUAACCCGCAAAAUCUUCUACACAGGAA